AUGUUUUCAAAGACCAGCUCGAAAGGUCAAGUAAACGGUGUGCAAAAAGGAUUCGCGACAACUUCACCUGCAUCAAGUCAUACCUUGUCACCUAUACCUUUGGACAGCGAUACUGGUGCAUCUUUUCUGGGCGUCGAGAGGCUUUUCGCUGGUAAGGUUGAGACAGCAGAUUAUCAGUCAUUGUCAUACGUAGAUGCAACUCCGGCAGUGGGAAGUUAUGGAUCAAUGACGUCGCCUACAACUUCAAACGAGAGGGUCGCCGAUGAAGAGAUUAUGGACGGGUCGGCUGCUAUGCCUCCGACCCCAGUUACCUCAACGGUGAAGGAUUCUAAUGGAAACGUGAAACGAAAAUACUCUAGGAACGGCUGUACAGAGUGUAAGAGAAGAAGAAUAAAAUGUGAUGAAACCAAGCCAACUUGCUGGCAAUGCGCUCGGCUAAAUCGUGAGUGUAUUUACGUUCUAAAUCUCAAGAAUAAGAAGAGGAAGAAUAAGGAAGCUCCUGCUUCUCGUCAAAAACAGAAACAGACGGAAAAAGUGGCUGCGAUAAAACAGAGAAUCAAUACACCAACGGAAAAAGAUCAACUCGAUGAUAUGCAUUUACUAGAGCUGCCGAAUGUUAUUCCUGUGGGUAAUAUGGACGGUUAUGAUGCCAACCUGCUGAUACAAAAUUUGAAUGACAUUGUCAGCAUGAAAUUAAAUGACUCGCUCUUAGACAAUCAAGACCUGAAAGAUUUGGAAUUACCAGUCAUGGAUCUUCCAGAGUUGAUGCCACAUACCGCAACUCCAACUAGCACAGUCCCGAUCUCCUUUCUCAUGAAUAGUGCCAUUACGUUCAAUAUUGAAUUAAGUUCAUUCAAGCUUGGUGGGGUUCAUGAUGACUAUUUGAAAGUUUUCUUUGUAGACUGUUUGGGCACUAUAGCACCAUUUUUUCAGGAUCAAGAGAACCCAUUGCGCGAUAUAAUACUUUCCUUUGCCCGUAAUGAGUCGUACUUGCUGUCCGCAGCAUUGGCCGUUGGUGCUUCUUUGGCUCAUAGAAAAUCUGACAGUUUUGACGAUGAGAGAAAUUACUGUGCAUAUUUAUCGCACUGCCUGAGUUUAUUGGGUGAACAGUUUCAAAACGAAUCCAACGUGUUGAACAAGAUAGAACCUAUCACUUUUACAGUUAUUAUGCUGGCUUGGAACUGUAUCAAUACCAUGAACUCUCAAUGGAGAUCCCAUUUAAAGGGUGUCACUGACCUUUUCAAGAAAAUUAACUCAGGCAACUCUUCUAAAGCAAUGAAUGUCGCUAAAUGUUGGUUUAAAGUUAUGGAAACAUUUGCUAGUAUCAGUACAGUCUUGGGUGGCUCAGUGACGGAGGAUCAGGAUCUUGACUUGAUAUUUGAUCCUUAUGAUUACCAAUACGUGGACUCUUUGAAGUUCUUAAACAUCAUGACGCCACUGAACAAAUUUAAUCUAUUGAGAGGACACAAGGAAGAUUUCGAUCUCGUCAUCAAGGAAGUGAUAAAAGCUCUGACGCUAAUCAGGAAAUCGGAAAAAUUCCAUCUCAAGAAAGAGGGCGAUGUAUUCUCCAAAUUGGACUAUCUGCUUUGGUCUCCUGAGACAGAUGCCGAGAAAUCUACUAGUACGAUCUGCUAUUUCAAAACACAAAAGAUUCUUGUAGAGAUAGACCAACAGCUUGAUUACCAGUUCAUUGACAAAUCGGGCAUUAUACCACGAGAGAGUCAAUCGCAUCCACACAAUAGUAAUAUCGUUGAUAACGCCAUCGACCUGGUGACGCUACGAAGUGGCGAAAGUAUCGCCAUUAGUUGGUAUGACAUAUCGCACCAGACCCAGGUACUCUCAUUCCUGCUCAUUGUACUUUUGAAAUUUUUAAGCAUACCUAAGGAGUCUAUUACAGUCCAGCAAGUGGUCAAAAAGAUCCUAUCGUUCUUCAAGUUUCUGGAUAGCGAUUCGCCGCCUCGAAACUCGAGAAUGUGCUACAGUAACUUUGCAGUGCUAAUAGCCGGUCUCAACGCGAUGGAUGAAGAGACUAGAAAAAUAGUCAGAAGUUACUACAAGCUCAAUGGUGGAAAGUUCCAAAGGCUAACGGAACACAACCUAAAUAGACUGGAAAAGGUCUGGUACGGGAAAGAUAGUGAAUAUAAAAUGGCAGACCAGGACGUCUUGACCUGGUAA